CGCCCUCCAGUGAGGUACAUACACCACCCGCGCUUUUCCUCCUCACUCCGCUUCCACAAUAAUCUUUACCUGCCGAACUUAUCACCGAAGAAUUUUGUGAACUGCGUCUGUGUUCAGCAUUAGCUUAGUCAGUAAAUUUGCGACUAACAAAAUACCCUAAUGAGUUAGUAAAGACUGGCCAUAGAAGAAGGGACCAUACGGUGCUAAUAACCGCAGAAGUUUAAGCAUCUAAAACAAUAAAGAAGCCUGAGGAGCCGCGAGCUUUGCCACAGUUAAACCUCCCGCCAUCACGUAUCGAUUGGACACCAUCUAGCGGCAGACACAGGAACUACCACUACAGCUGUCAAAAUGGCUCUCAAGGAAUUGGUCGGAAAAAAGAUUAUGAAUGAGGUGAUACGAUCGAAGAAAAAGUCAGCGAGCACAGAUUGGCGUGUUCUGGUGGUGGACCAGCUAGCCAUGCGCAUGGUCUCCACAUGCCUUAAGAUGCACGAAAUUUCUGCUGAGGGCAUCACAAUUGUGGAAGAUAUCAACAAGAGUCGAGAGCCACUGCCAGCGUUGGAAGCAAUCUACCUCAUCCAACCCACCAAACUUUCCAUAAGUAGCCUCGAACAAGACUUCAUCACGUCCAAUAAAGCCAAAUACAAAACCUGUCAUGUCUACUUUACAGAAACUUGUCCAAAUGAAUUGUUUAAUGAGCUAUGUAAACAACAUGUUGUCAAGUACAUCAAGACACUUAAGGAAAUCAACAUUGCAUUUUUACCCUACGAAAGCCAGGUGUUUUCAUUGGACUGUCCCAAGGCAUUUCCAUCAUAUUACAGUCCUUCUCAAGCCCAAACUAGGCAAACCACACUGGAGCGAAUGGCUGAGCAGAUAGCAACUGUUUGUGCCACUCUUGGCGAGUAUCCUGCUGUAAGGCAUCGUGGAGACUUUGAGCGAAAUGUAGAGCUUGCUCAGCUGGUGCAACAGAAGCUGGAUGGCUACAAAGCAGAUGAGCCUUCCAUGGGAGAAGGUCCUGAGAAAGCACGUUCCCAGCUUCUUAUUUUGGAUCGUGGGUUUGACUGCAUCUCACCAUUGCUACACGAGCUCACCUUGCAGGCAAUGGCUUAUGACCUUCUGGACAUUGAAAAUGAUGUGUACAAAUACGAAGCGACCCAGGGGGAGAGCGAGAAGGAGGUUCUGUUGGAUGAAAAUGAUGACUUGUGGCAAGAACUACGCCAUCAGCACAUUGCUGUUGUUUCACAAAAUAUCACGAAGAAGACAAAAGAGUUCAUGGCAACUAAACGCAACAUGGGUACAGACAAAGCCUCAAUGAAAGACUUGUCUACAAUGAUAAAGAAAAUGCCUCAGUAUCAGAAGGAACUUUCUAAAUAUGCAACUCACAUACAUUUAGCUGAAAGUUGCAUGAAGAAGUACCAAGGAUAUACUGAUAAAUUGUGCAAGGUUGAGCAAGACUUGGCUAUGGGCACAGAUGCUGAAGGUGAGAAGAUCAAAGACCACAUGAAGAAUAUUGUUCCUAUAUUGCUGGACCAGGCUGUCGAAAAUCAGGACAAACUCCGUGUGAUUUUGCUUUAUAUUUUAGCCAAGAAUGGUGUUUCAAAUGAAAACUUAGAAAAGUUACUCCAGCAUGCUCAAAUUCCUGCCACAGAGAAAGAUACAAUCAACAAUAUGGCACAUUUGGGAAUUAAUGUUAUUGUUGAUGGUGGGAAUCGAAGCCGCAAGCCUUAUCAGGUAGCACGUAAAGAACGUAUCACAGAACAAACCUACCAGAUGUCACGAUGGACUCCUGUAAUAAAAGAUAUCAUGGAAGACAUAAUUGAAAAUAAGCUUGAAGAAAAGCAUUUCCCCUUCCUUGCUGGCCGAUCAGCUGCUAUGCCCAGAGCUGCACCAUCCAGUGUUCGCUACAACUGGCAUAAAGACAAGAGUGCAACUUCUGUCAAGAAUAUGCCACGGCUUCUAAUAUUUGUUGUUGGAGGCAUCACGUACUCUGAAAUGCGGGCUGCCUAUGAGGUUACCAAAUCAGGCAAGAACUGGGAGGUCAUCAUUGGGUCAACUCACAUCUUGACACCAAAGGAAUUCUUAAGUGACCUUCAUAAUCUUAGCUGAAGCACAUGACCCCAUGACCCGGCCUCUUCUUGUUCCUCCAAAUCCUCCUCUUCUGAAUCCCUCUCAUCCAGAAAAUCUCCACCCCCACCUCCUCCACCUUCCCCAUGUUCACCCCGCUCCCCACCCUCCACCGCCACCCCCACUCCUGAUCCUUCUCCCAUAUCCCCGUCAAUUCCUAUCAUUGAUCUCAUGCUUGCUCUCCUUCCUGUCUGACGCAAAGCUUGUGUGGCACGACAAAAAAUAUUUCACAGUAAAGAACUUUUUAUACUUCAGUAAAGAUAAUUUUCUAACCCUUCACUUUUGCAAAGGAAUUUUACUGAAGGCUUUGAGAGUUCUUUUAUGUGACAAAAACAAAAACUUGAUAGAUUGUCUUUUGAGGCUUGGAAAAUUUAAAUAUAUUAAUGAUUAUAUAAUAUUUUAGGAGGUAAACUGUUAUAACGUGGAUUACCUUUUGGUGGUUGAUGUACGAGGUUUAUUUUUAUUACAAUAAGGCGAUAUAAAUUUGAUUAGAAGCUUUUUAAAGUACAUUUUAGUUGAAUAUUAUGAUUUGUAUUUUAAUUUUAAUAUGCAGUAUAACUCAGAUUUUUCACAAUAUGUCAGAUUAAUUCAAAUUAACAAAGAUAAAACAUCGUGUCUCAAAUCCUUUGCAUGUCAAUGUUCAAUUUUCUGUAUUUUAAACAUUUAGAUACUUCAAUCGCUAUAGAAUAGUGCUAGUUGCGCACCUCUUCUCCCUACAUCCUUCACGUGUGUGUCACAGUAUGAGCUCUAUGUAAUACUACUCCCAGGCUUUUAAAUAGCUACAUUACACACAAAUGGAGCUGUACUAAAGUGAUACCAGAGGUCAAGUCUGCUUAUGUGGUAUAAUUUGGCUGUGGUGCAUCAAUAGGUGAGCAUUUUACAAGAUCUGCAACUCCUUUGGAUUAUUUUUAUGAAUCACAGUUGUUAUUAGUUAUUGCCUACCAAGUUUAUGGAAGGAUUGCUGUUAUUAAAUUUGCUUACAUCUGAAAUUACAAAAGUAUGCCAUGGAAAAUUGUACUCAUAAAUUUGAAGUCUGACCGUGUGACAUUAUGAACAUUUAUUCCGCAAUUUUGUUUGCAUUGCUUAGCGAUGCACCAUCAGCGGUCAUCAUUCAUUGUGUGCUGGCAGGUUGGAGCUGCAAAAUGAUUGUGAUGUAAGGAGCCAUUUUGAGCCUUAAGGAUUUCUAAUGGGUUUACAAUUUUAUCUGUUACCUGAAAAGACCCAGAAACAAAAACAGAGCUCAAAAUUACUCAAUAUAUCAUGAAAUUAAUAAAUCUCUUGGGACCUGGUUUAUCUUGGUGUGUGCUGGGUCAUGGUUAAUUGCCUAACUGGAUUGUUAGGCUUUCCAUAUGCAAUCUUUAGAAUUUUCUCACCAACCAUAUUAGCUGGGCCUGUUCCCUCUAUAUCAGAUUAGUCAUGCAUGGUCCUCAACUUACUUAUCCUGUUUUUAUAAUCAGAAGAUAGUGUUGUUCACCCAUCAUCAUUUGACUCGGAAGACACAUGACAUGACCGGGUGGUCUAUUUUACAUUGACUCUAGUUUAAAGAUUUAAUAUUUACAUGCAUGAUACAAAUUAUUUAAAUAUAAAAAUGCAUGAAAGAUUGCGAUACAUUAUAUGGUUCACACGUGCACAUACACGUACGCAUCGCAUGCGCGCGCACACACACACACACACUACAUAAAGUACACACAAAAAACUUUGAGAAUGGGAUAGCAGAGACAUGCAAAAUGGCCAGCUUCAUCACUAAAUUCAUUAAAUGUAAAUUUCAUGUAAAAGAUAAAACCUAGAGAUUAUAAAUGGGCAAUAGAUUCAUGAAGACAAAUACUGGUAAAUGCAAAACCCUAAAUAAACAGUUUCAGAGUGUGUUCACACAAAGAAGUUUUCACAGCACCACACAUACUGCGUACUUUGGUCCUCAAGCACCUGGAUGUGUUUAGAAACAAUGUAAUAAAUCUGCUUAGAAAUUUGGGCAGAAACAAACUACCCAGUAGUAGGGCCAACUGGAGUUUCACCUUUGGUACUGAGAGAAUGUGCUCACAAGCUACCAACCUACUGCAGAUUAUUUUGCUGACAUUUUUAUAACUAGGAAAAUUUGCAGACAUGGAAGAAGAUGGAUGUGAUUCUAAUAUAAAAAUGGUGAUGAAGGAGGUCUGUUAAACUACAGAGUAGUAUCAUUGAGAAGCGUGAUAGCCAGAUCAACAGAGACGGUAAUUAAAACUAAUUGGAAGGUCAUGCAUAAUAUAUUUACUCAGUUUUAUAAUAUGUCCACAGUGAAAGUCCCACACAAGGGACUUUUCUGAAAGAUGGAAUACUGUGUACAGGAGAGGUAAAAGGCAGACUACUAGCAUGGCUGAAAAUAUUCCUGACAGACAAACAGGAAAGCAGUGAUAGAGGCAAAAUCUGAUAAAAGGAAUAUUAUGAGAAUAAAGCUUGUUGUUAGUGCCAGUAAUGUUCAUUAGCUCAUUUGAAUCCUCUUCUUGAAGGGAUCCAGAGUAUUUGAACAUGUUUGUGGAUGAGGUUAAGCUGCUGGGAAGAAUAAGGCACCUAGAUGACUCUCCUGCCUUUCAUAGUGGCCUGACAAUAAGUACAUUAAGCAAAACACCAUGACAAAUGGAUUUUAAUGUAGAUAAAUGCCAUAUAAUGGAAUGUGGAAUAGGUGACCCAAGGCCUCUUAUAAAUUGUGUUUGAAGAUGCUAAAGAACUUGUGCAUGGAAACAAAUGGUAGGGGUAUAGAUUUUAGUUAAGAAAACAAAGGUGCCCAAAAUAGUUUGCAAAUUUUCUUUGGUAAAUGGAUGGCUAAUGAGAGUGGUAAAUGGAUGAAAUAAAUUAAGAGAGGGUUGUGUUAGCCAAAACCAUCAAAAGCUUUAAAACUACAAAGAUUACAUAGUGGACAGUGCUAAUGUAGCUGUCAUCUUUUAGCUACAGUUAGUAAUUACAUUCAUAUAUACACAAACAUGAUCUACUGUAUAUAGUAUACAUAUGUAUACAUACAGUAUACAAAUAUAACACACACACACAACAAUAAUUUCAUGUAUAUACAAAAUUUGAUAUACUGUAUAUUCAGCAAAAAUUUUAACAUAAUAACUAGAUGUUUUGUGAUAAAUCAUACUACUGUACUGUCAUGAAGCCAAUUUUUUUACCAUCUUGACCCAACUUGACAAAAAAGGACGCUGUUUACCUCAUGUCGGUGUCAUCAGCUCGACAACAUAUCCCAUAAAUGUAUCUUCUUCUCUUGCCUCUGCACUUCUUCCUCGGUGAUUCCAAUUUGUGCCCAUGGCAGUUUGUAUUUUUUUUAGACGUUGAUCUUCAUAUCGUUGGUGUAGUCAUGUAGGUUAGUUUGUUGAAUUUGAAGACCAAGCUUAUGAUAAGUAGAGUAGAAGUCAUUACCAAUAGACAGAGGUUAUGGUAGGGAUUUUAUAGGCUGAAGUUGGGAUAAAUCCUUAGCUAGGUAAAUUGUGGUUAACUAUAAUUUUUAUAAAGGUUUCCACUAAAAGCAGUUGUUAAAUUUGAUUUAUUGUUUUGUCAGGUAUCAAUAAAAGGGGAUGGCUUUUUAAAGAAUUAAUAGACCAGAGAAGCCAAUUAUGACAAUUAUUGAUAUAUGUAUAUUUUUGUUUAAAUUAUCUUUACUUCCAAACAGGUCUUUUUGUUUUAGAAGUCUCAACAGUUUUCAUAGUGGAGAAAUUGCUAAGUGGAGUAUACAAAUAUUGGGCUGUCACAGUGAGAAAGCUUUCGUUUAUUAACGUAGAAUUGCUGCAGUGUUUGUAUUAAAAGUUUUCUCUGUAUUUACACUUAGGAUAAUUCACCAAUUUAUUUAGAAGUCGAUUCUUUUACAUCUUGAAAAGUAAGUUGUGAUCGUUGACAUAAUAUAUAUAUACAGUACAGUAUAUCAAAACAUUCCAGUUGUUACUUAGAUUCAUCUGAUUAUGUUGAAGCAUUUCAUAUGAAUCUGAUCAGUAGGGAAGCUAUAUUUCAGUGAACUAGUUUAUAUAUAUUGAAAUGUAUUAUUGAUAAACUUAGGUUUAAGGUGAUGCACCCAAGCAAAAGCGGCAGCCAGCAGUGUUGACCUAUUGUUUAUCUUUUCAAGUAUUUUGUUGUACUUAAUUAGUGUAAGUUGAUCAUGUAUGAACUUGGCUUCUACAAUAGUGGCAUCCUGCUGGCAAAACGCUUAUAUUAUGCAAUGAAUAUUUACAUGGUUUUAAAAUAUCAUUUAUCAGUUAUGUAGUGUUAAUGCUGGAAGCAAUAACAGUAGUUUUGCUGCUUUUAUAGCAAGUAGCAAUUUUGAGGCGAGUAUGACACAGGUUUAGAAAACACAAACGUUGUGCCAUUUGUGAGUAUGUGGGGAUGGGAGGAGGAGGAAGUAAUGAGUAAUACUGUUGUAACAGAGUAGACGUUAGGUGUUGCAGUGCUAUACACUGUAGUAAGUGCUGAGUGUUGAUAUAGGAAGUUCUCAGGUAGUGACUCGCAAAGCCUACUCCCAAAGUAGUUACCUGGCAAACUCUUGAGCUAGUUAACAGCAAGCUGUGCUGUAGGCAGGCGGUUAAGCCUUACUAGUGAGCCAGUCAGGGCUGGUAGCAAGGAUAUGGUGGAUUACCAUUAAAUUGCAAACUUGAAUCCUGAAGCCUGAUAAAAUGUUAUGGAUAAGGAUAAGAGUGCUGGGACAAAGACUUGAAAUAACCUUGUGGUAGCAUGUGUUUCUUUAUGAUGGCAAUGAAGCUGUAAGUUCAGAAAGCUGAGUUUACAGAAUGCUUGCAUUUUAUGCCUUGGUGGUGGGGUUGUAUUUUGAGACAUUUUCAAUUGUUUUACUUAAAUUGAAAAAUGACCUUGGGCAAAUCUGGUGUAACUUUGUUUAUAGCUAUGGUUGUAUCCAUGUUUUUUCUAGUCAAAAACAGUUUGUAGAAAAACAAUAUUUUUAGCAAAGUAAUUUAGAUGGGUUCGUUAUUAAUAUGAGCAAAACAAGUUAGGAGAUGCCAGAAUCUUUUGAGAACAUUGGUCAUUAUAAGUAAGCAACAAAUGUUGAUUGGCUUGAAUAUACUGUACAGUAUUGCUAAAACACUGAUUCAUGUUGCAAGCACCAAAAAUAAGCCAUUUUGAAGAAAAAGUUCCUGGGCUGCCACCAACGUUUGGGCUGUAUUUGGCCUCUGCCUUAUUGUUGGACUGGUUGCCUCGGUUUCAGAAACAUGAGUUGCUACUUACAGAUUGGAUGAUUUUAAUCCAACUUUUAGUAAGGUUUCAGUAUUUAAGGUAUGGCAUAACUGCCCAUGUAUAGUUGGCAGUGAAUGUACUUAACACACAUGUAACCUGCCCAGUAGUGAUGAUUCCCACCACCUUGGUGUGUUGCACCGUGUUGCUGCCACAUAGAUGGCCCACAUUACUCAACAGUGUUUUAAAGGGGGAUGAUUUUCAUGUAUCAUGCCCUGCGUAUUAUGCAUUUCUCUAGAUUUCUUUCUCUUCAAAAUGUUUAAAAUAUGUGUACUGACAUUUGUUACUGCAGUAACCGAGAGAGAUCAAAGUCAGUAUUUAUUAACUGGACUUUAUCUACUCUGACUUAAGAAGGGGGAGGCUUCAUGAGGCAUAAUUUGAUUCAUAUUCAACGAAUUUUCCCCUUCAAAUAUAACCUACUAAAAGAUUAUGUUUUGUUUUAAAUUUUUAUAUGUAUAUACUGAUUUAUAGGAUUGUUUAUUUCUGCGUUGAUUGAAACAAUUGGUUGUAUAUAUAGUGUAAGGUUUGUUUAAGAUUAAACUGUUCUUCAUUUUUGACAGGGUUACCAAGCUCAUGUUUCCAAAGUUUCCUGUCUGGUUGACUUCUAAGUUUUAAGCUGUUUUACUCUGAGCUAUAUGCCUGGCAACUGGAAGUACAGUUUGUCAAAUUAAGAUUUUUUAUAUAAUCAGAAAAUAGUAUGAAGCACUACUGUAAACACAAUACAUAUAUUUAUAAAUGCUGUCUCCAAAUUUAAUCUUUCCCACAUGUCUUGGUUUGGAGAUAUAGUUAAUCACCCACAAUUACAAGUACAGUACUCUGGGGACAGCAAUUUGUUGAGCAGGCAUAUGGCUGGUGCAUCCUAGACAUUCCUACAGUUCUCCAGCUCCAUACUCUGUGUUGUCUUGUCCUGGUGGCUAUUAUGCCUCAACUUACCAAUAUAUGUCAUUAGUCAUGAA